UCCUCGCUCAGCCUGAAUCCUUCUGGAACAUUCACUCACUUUUUAUCACACAGUGAGCAAAGUGGAAAAAUAUGACAAUAAUUACAGCAGCCGCUUGCUGAGUAUCUAGGCUUACAUAUGAUUUGUAUUGCCCGUGAGGUAUUUUUCUCUCUUAUUUUUUGUUUCCCUCGCCGAUCAAUCAGUGGAAUGGUCUGCCUUUUCUCACCUGGAUCGUUUCCACUUCAGCAUGGGAACUGCGGUGUCCAAAAGGAAGAAUCUGAGGAGUGAUGCGAUUUCUUCCGUGGCCGCAAAAGUUCGAGCAGCCAGAGCGUUCGGAGAUUACCUGUCCAACACAAACACAGAGAACCGCAACGGAGCAGAUCAUCUUUUGUCUGACACCUUUCCUGGACAGGACUGCGACUCUCCAGACGUCAGCCGCUUGCACAAAAACGAUAUUCCACAACAGAGCCGCGGUUUGCCAAUAACUAAAACCAACCAGCCCUGCCAAUCCAAUCCCAGUGCUAAUCCACCGCCUCCUCCUCAGGCCAGCACCGCCCAGGCUGAAGCUCCUGUUGGCCCCAACAAACGACGACUCUCUUCUGAGCGCAGCCUCUCCACAGAGGACAGAGGCACAGAGGGUAGUGUGCUGGUGAAGCCGGCCAGGGUGUACACAAUCACCAGGGAAGGAGGAAUGACCCUGGGGAACCGCGGUAGUGAGGAGAGCCUGGAGCUCGAGGUGCUGAAGGGCUCCCGGGAGCAUCCUCUGCUCCAGGCCCCUACCUCUGCAUCCCACAACCCCUCCUGCACCAGCCAGCCGUCGGCAACAGCCACACGCGGCGGCCAUCACCGUAGCAGCCAUCACCGCAGCAACCAUCAUCAUAGCCACCAGCAGCAAGGGGGCGCGCCGUCAUCGUCUCAGCCACUUCAGAGCUCUGGGAGCGCCAGCAACAUCCGGGACUGGGGGAUGAGGAGAGGGGGGUCCAGGGAGGAGUACACCCCGGACUGUGUGGACUGUAUCCGGGCUCCGUGUCAAAGCCAGCGCUCCCUCGACCUGGAUACUCCACCCCGGGAGGGUGGGAAGCCCCGCAAGAAACUGGAGAGGAUGUACAGCGAGGACAGAGGGUCCACUGAUGACAGAGAAGACAAUCCUAAUAGCUGGUUCCCCAAAGAGAAUAUGUUCAGCUUUCAGACAGCCACCACCACCAUGCAGGCAAUAUCGGCUUUUCGAGGCAUUGCUGAAAGAAAGAGACGGAAAAGAGAGCAGGAGGAAGCCACCGUGAUGGAGAGAAACUUCCGCAAACACCUUAGGAUGGUGGGCAGCCGCAGGGUGAAGGUCCAGACCUUCGCCGAGCGCCGAGCCAAGAGUUUCAGCCGCUCCUGGAGUGACCCCACCCCCGUCAAGCCUGAUUCCCUUCACGACUCCAGAGACAGUGGUGAUCUUCAGACCUCCUCAGGGACACUAGACGAAGGGCUGAGCGAGGACACGGACUGGGGGGAUGAGAGGGAGAUGGAAAGAGCCGCCUGUGAAGGAGAGGACUUCAUCCCACCUAAAAUCAUGCUGAUAUCCUCCAAAGUCCCAAAGGCCGAAUACGUUCCCAACAUCAUCCGUAGGGAUGACCCCUCCAUCAUCCCCAUUCUUUAUGACCACGAACACGCCACAUUUGAUGACAUACUCGAGGAGAUCGAGAAGAAGCUGACUGCGUACAGGAAGGGCUGUAAAAUCUGGAACAUGCUCAUUUUUUGCCAGGGAGGUCCGGGACAUCUGUACCUGCUGAAGAAUAAAGUGGCCACCUUUGCCAAGGUUGAGAAAGAGGACGACAUGAUACAGUUCUGGAGACGUCUCAGUAAGCUGAUGAGUAAACUGAACCCGGAGCCUAACCUCAUCCACAUCAUGGGCUGCUAUGUGCUGGGGAGCGCUAAUGGAGAAAAGCUGAUUCAGACUCUGAAGAGGCUGAUGAGACCCUCUUCAGUUGAAUUCAAGUCCCCUCUUGAGCUGUCUGCACAGGGCAAAGAGAUGAUCGAGAUGUACUUUGACUUCCGUCUGUUCCGCCUGUGGAAAAGCCGUCAGCAUUCCAAGAUGCUGGACUACGAUGACCUCUUGUGACUUCGCCCUCCUUUUGUUGGCCUGUCGGCCGGUGAUCUCUCCUCUGAGCCUGCUGUGGGGUGACAGCGCUUUUGGUUGAAGGGCCCCUGAGAGGCCUCUGGACUGGCUCUGUGAAUGCCCUGCUGGAGCAGCAGCGCAGCUGGGUCUUCCCCCCCCCCCCCCCCUUCAAAGGUGACAGGGUGACCCUGUAGAUUCAGACAGUGGAGUAGUUUUUUCUCCCUUAUCCAUUUUCACUUUCUGCCUAUUUCUCAGCGAAUAGCGAAAGAAAAGGACAAGAAAAAGGAGUAGAAACGGGGGACUCAUCAUCCUAGCCUAAAUGUGUCAGAAGACGCUAACUAGAGUUAGAUUCCUGAGUUCAGAGAGGAUGUCAGGUUGAAAGAGUGACAGCAGAGAACAGAAAGAACUUCUCCUCUUGGAGUUUAAAGUGGAGGUUGUUUUUUUUAAAGGUGAAGGAUUCUAGGAUGGGAGUGUCGUCUUUGUCAGGUGUGGAAGUGAACCAUAAAGGAAGUAGAGCUUAUAUGUAAAUAAACAAAGUGCUUACUGAAGCAUUAGAGAAUAGAUUUCCAGCAUCUCUAUCUAUAAGCAAAAAUCUAGAUAUUUAACUAGAGAGUUUCAUAUGUAACAGUUUUAUUUUACUUAAAGUAUAAAUGUAUUUCGUAUGGACUGUUGUAUAAACUCAGGUUAAAUCCAUCCGUCAUUUAAUACCUAGAAUUGUACCCAGUGUUGGCAACGUGCUGUAGAUCAGAGUCGGAGGCCUACGCACAAAGCUGUCUUCAGUGGAAGGUUAUAGCCAUCAGGGAUGUCAUAUAUUAACACGUGUGUUUCAGAGCAAAGCCUCUCGACAUUUUCACCGUCUUUUGGAGUCAAACUGUAGCCAAACAGAGCGACGUAUCUGUGCAUGUUUCACGACAUGACAGCUUUACAUUUGACCUCGAUGAGCCGACCCUUCUUCUCGAGCUGUCGGUUCACGUCGGCUGAUCCUUUUGACCGAGUUUAUUGAACCUUCAUUUAAUUUUCUUGCAUAUAUUAGAGCUCGUUAGAAUCCAACACUUAACUUGAAUCACUCAAAGUAGCAAUGGAGUGGUAGAGAUGACACUUUUCUCUGAACUGUUUUCGCUCUCCUCACCACUAAUUUGUUGUCUAGUGUUCAGUGAAUAUCACAACAUGAUCAAGUGCGUGUCUUAGAUUAUAGUCUUUGCCUUUGCUGGCAUAAAUAUACAUUGAUACAUAUUUAAUAGAGUAGGAAUGAUGUUUAUUAUUUACAUGAAUACAACAAAAUGUACAGCACUUUAGUGUUGUGCUACCAGGAAGCUUGGAUUGAGAAUAUCUUUUUAAAUCUGUCAGAUCAGAGAGGAUGUUAGAUAUAAGAGGCUGAGACUUUUGCCUUAGAACAGUGCUAGAGAUAACCAACAUUUCCCAUCAUGCAAUUGGAUUGGUUUUUUUGUUGUGUUUAAGGGGAACCCAUUGUUGGAGGUUAAUGUUCUGUAAAUGAAAUAUACUAACUUUUGACACUUCAGUCAAGACAUUUAGAGUCUUAAACCCACCCCUGGGACCCCUUGACUUCAUUAUUUGACUAUGCGGCAUCAUCAGCUGUUAACUUCAAAAAGUAGAGCCUGACCGAUAUUGGAUUUUGGGGCCGAUACUGAUACUGAUAUAUUGACCGAUAUCUUUCUUAGACCUGUCCUUGAUCUUUAGAGAUCGAUUGAUAAAAACACACUCAAAUGCUGUUAUCACACAUUUGGGAAAAAUAUCUAAAAUUAAAAGAAGAUUAUUCUUUUUAACAGUGGAAAAAAAAGCCUUUAUUGGCCAGAGUAAUAACAGUGCACUGAAACAUUAACUUAAAAAAUAAGAAAUGAACAACUGUUAAAAAAUAAAUUAUACAAAUGUAAAAAGCUUAAAUUGAAUAAACCUAGUUAUAUCGGCACGUAUCGUAGACAAAAUAAGCCGAUACUGACAGUCACUUGAUGUGCUAAUAUCAGCCGAUAUUAUCGGUCGGGCUCUCUUAGAAAGACAGACUAAAUCAGGAAAACAUCGUUAACAGUUUCAAACACAGUCCUUCAUUAGAUCACAUACGGCUAUUCUUGGCUUUGUCAUUAAACAGACUGAUGCUGCGGUGUGGACCUUACCUGUAUUUUUAAGGUAACUCUAUUUUUUUAAUGCAGGCCGGCCUUACCUACUGUAAUUGUGCUGACUACUUAAAAAACACACAUUAUCCUGGUGUUGAACUAACCACAGCAUUAAAGCUACUUCAAACUAACAGUUACAGAUUUAGAGAGAGAUUUUGUAUAACUUUUAAACAUUUUGGAAACUGUAUAGGUGCGUGUAUCUUUAAUUAAUAACGGUAAUAACGGAUAGACAUUGCUCCACUGAAGGCUCGAGCCGAGGUGGCCAUAUCCUCUAAUACUUAUAUCUCACUGAUAAUAACCAGCUUUAUCACUAUUAUAGAGUCAGACUUGUUGAACUUUCAGUCCAAGUGUCCUCACACAAUGAAUAGAACAAAGAGGAUUUAUUGUGAUUGUGCGGUCUGCUCCUCAUUCCUACGAGUACAUGGUUACAGGAUCAAAAGGAGAAUUCAGAUUUAGAUUUAAGAUGAGGAAUGUUUCAGGAGAGGUAUUUAUCGUAACAUAGUGUCCAUGUUAGUGUGUGCAAGACGACCGCGGCUGACUGAGCCCUUUCUCUGCUUGAUGUGAACAUACAUGUGUUGUGUUGUUGCUGCUCCCUGAUCCAUGCAAGUCAUCCGAGCUGGAAGACGAGUGCAGUGCAUUGGUGUGCUUGAAUAGCUCUUACAGUAGCUUGCAGGAUCAAGAUGGCGAAUUCUGAUGUGUUCACUCUCCAUCCUAAUGCACACAUGCGGAGAUAGGCGCCCUAUAAGGAGUGCUCAUAUGGGACAUUGAGGAAACUCCUGCCAGUGAAGUUGUAAAACUUGAUUUUAGAUAUUAGAUGAUGAUGUGCAUUGAGCGCACUGUUUUAUAGUAUAAACGCUUUUUUUAAAGACGGCAAUAACCACUGCUUUGGAGAUUUGUCCAUCAAGAAGAAGAAUAACUGCUUACCCAUAUGGCUUCAAAGGCUUUUGGACUGAAGCCGUUUAAGAAGAUGACGAAGGACAAAUAAGAUAUUUUUGAUUUGAUUUUUUUUCUUUUCUUCGAACAAUGACACUUUGCCCCUAGUGGAUCAUAUUACACGAGAACAUUGAUGAGUUGUUUUUUUUGCUGUAUUGAAAUAAUGAAUGUGUUGCUGUAGAUUAUGAUUUAUGUCUGUGUUGUGUCACAAUGCUUACACAUUCAUGAUGUAGUUCAAUUGUCAUUAUGCCACAAAGUAGCAUGCAUCAUUACAUCACUGUCAUAUUAUGUCUGAUAAUCUAAAUGUAAAUACUGUAAACAACUAAGACCAGACAGGUAUCCAAUAUGUCUGAUGAACUUUCUGUGGAUAAUGCUGCCACAACAAUGACACACCUCAAUGGCUUCACAGUUUUUAGCCCUUUUUAGCACCCAUAUGUUUGGAUCAUGGUUAAGCCGCAUCGCAGGGAUAUUUCACAUUAAAAAGAAGACUUGUUUUCUGAGUUGGAUUAUAAUUUUGUAACAGCAGAAAAUGCUUAACGUAACUGAUGCCAACUUUAAAACAUUAAAGUGAAACGCUAACGUGGAAAGAAAAUUGUAUGUUUUACCGUUGGAAGUGAGGCUUUGGAGAGAAAGCUAAUAUAUCAUGAACUUGCAGGUUCCAUGCCUUCUUAAAGGUCACAUAUUAAAAUCCACUUCACCAUGUUAUCUAACACUAAUGUGUGUCCCUAGUGUGUCUACAAACCCCCCAAUUAUAAUAAAAGUCCAUCCUCUCCGUUUUUUGCCUGCUCCACUUUUCAAACAGGCCGUUUGGAGAUUUUCCCUUCAUGACAUCACAAAGGGCAGUAGCCCCUCCCCCAGGUGGGUGACACUCCCACAGCUAGGUGUUUGUUCUGCCCUCUGAGUCUGCCUUCUCACCGUAACAGCACAUGGUGAGACUAAGACUAAGAGAGACUAAGCCACACAAGCCCUUCCAGAGAGGGGGCGUGGUCAGACACAGCUAAUUACAUAUUUAAAGGUACAGACACAGAAACAGCCUGUUCUGAGCAGGGCUGAAAUAGAGGGGUUUAUAGACAUGAUCAAAUACAGGAUCUGAGUGGAUUUAGAACAAGAAACUUCAUGCACAUGUUUUGGGGAGCUCUUAUAAAAACAUCUUUCAACUUCAUGAAAAGGAGGAGAAUAUGUGACCUUUAAGAUUCCUAUUACUAUUUAGUUGUUCAGUCACACAAUUGGCUACCAUUUUACAUUCAGCUAUUUUGUGAAAAACUGCUUUUAUUUGAAAUCGACUUUUGUAUUUUUGUUUUCAUUUGGUUCUAUUCAGUAUGGCCAGAAAGUUCUGUCAUAAUCUUGUUUGUUUACAGUACACAUUCAAAUCUCAAGAGUAUGUAAUACGCUUGUCUCUGAAAUUCUUCGAACACAUGCGAUAUUUCUUUGCUUGUACAUUUUAUCACAGAAACUGAGGUUCUUGAGAUCCUCACUGCUUUGGGUUAAAUAUAUGAGAGUGAAUCUUACGGCCUCUGCUGUCUUUGUGUGCUCGUCUCGUUGCUCAAAGGGAUGAUCUGAUUUACGGUUCUAAUAAUGAAGAUCAUUUUGACAUCACCUGUUUUUCCAACCUUCUUCUGUAGCAAUAUUCUGUGUAUGAAUAUCUCUGUACAGGACACAUUCUUCAAGGAAUCUCAUAAGUCAUUACAUCGACAGAUCUUAAUGACUAUUGAGUUACGAUACACUGAUGAGGACUUCUAAUUGCUCAGCUCUUUUACAUUCUCCUUGAGAGCACUCUAAGACUAAUCCUGCUCAUUCGAGUCCUCUGCUUUCUCCUCUGCUCUGCGUUUGAGUAAAACCCAAAGCCUCAGAGUGUUUAGAGGCCAUGCCCAAUAGUUGUAACUGCAGUACAAAUCCAUAUAUUUAAUCCUGCUGCUGUGUUGGGUUAAUUUGUAGGUUUAGUUACACUCAGAAUUGCGACAAGCUUGAUAGAUUUCUAAUGAAUUUUGGUCUCGGAGGCACGGAGAUCCAUGAUUGACUGUAGAGCUCAGCACAUUCUCCCAUAGUCUGUCUUCUGAUCAGACAUUAGCUCUCAUGCUGGCUCGCACAACUACUGACUUAAUCGACACUAAACAGCUACUCUUACUUACAGCGUGUAGAACUUACUCAUGAGCCUCCUAUGGCAGACAUAUUUAACAUCCCUUCUGCCGUCUACAAGUCCCUAUCACUAUGUGAGCUAAAAACCUGCAUGCUGCCAGCCAGCUAACCUGAAGCAGUGAGGGCCUUUGUCCAUCGACAGCAGGCAGUGCCCUCGACCUCAGUUCCAGAGCGCUUCUCACCAGGGCUUACUGUUGCUAGGUUACAAAAGUUUGCUCGCGGCACUUCUGCUCCCAUCUCUAGUGACUGCUGAGUCACUAAACUAAACUGCUUUCAAUGCUUAAUAUUUGCUUCUAUUCAAAUACAUUUCAAAGAGAAAUAGAGCUGUAGAUGAAUGAUUACUAUUUUUAAAAUCGUGAUAAAUUGCUGAAAUCCAAUAGUUAAUCGCAAUUGAUCAAAUUUUACUUCACAUGAUUGAAAUUCCGUUAAUUUUCAAGUUCCAAAAAGUUUUUGUCGUGCUUUUAUUUUGCAUUUUUGUCCCAUCUUAAGCUACACCUUGUCCUAAGAUAUCGUGUCGCACUGCGCAUGACACUGAGCAGAAAAGUCUAACAGACGAGCGCGAUGUAUAAAGAAUGAGCAUCGGAGAAAGCAGGAGAUCGAACAUAACAUUUCAAAGACACUCUGUUCAAUCUUUCUUGGGGAAGUGGUAACUCUGAGCAGACAAACCUGAGCGAGGAGGAGACAUCUCAGAUCUGUAUCGUAAAGACACACUUCAAUGAGGACUCAUUUUAGUGCACUUUUCACUAAGCUGGAGUUCAGCAGGCGAGCAGACACACAGUUUGACUCGUGUCGGCUCACUGAAGCAUAUAUUUCCAUUUCCUAAGAACAUAAUUACACCGAUCAUGUGAUUGAUAUUUGCAACACCUCGCCUCUCCUGUUGUUUCCUAAAUGGAACAACGUGUCACCAUUAGAAGAGAAGACAUUUCCUGCAGUACUUUUAUAAUGAGCAUUGUUGUGCUCUCCCCGCUGCUCUUGCUCCGUCUCGGUGAACGUUUCCAGGGCUCAGUCGGGGAGUGUGAUUGAGUCUGAUGAGAGUGAUGGAUUGAUGCUGCUCUGAUUGCCCUGACACCUCCAGUCGGGCUGUGAUUGUAUUUUAAGACGAGUGAAAAGUAAUAUGUUCAUGUUACAGCCGUUUCACUUUGUAUCAACUUCUAAGUCAUCAAACUAUGAACUAGAAGCUUUCUCAGACUAACACACAGUAGAGACUGUAGGAUUUAUAGAUGUCAAUAUGACACUCUUUGUCAUUCUUAUGUCAUGUCCAGAAAACCAACAUGUUUAUCUAGAAGUAAUUAUAGCAAUUAACACCAUUGUAUAUCUUGUGAUUUUGAUACUAGUCAAAGUUAAGACUACAUGUUGGUUGCUUUUAUGAGCUUGUGGGCUCCUCUUGAGGAAAGAAUGGAUAUUAUGGAUGAAAAAAUAAUACAAGAAAGAAGCUUUGGCUUUGUUCAGACUGCGAAUCUGAAUAUGUUUUGGUAUAUCCUGAUUGCAUGGCAAAGAGAUUUUUACGUCAAUCUAGUCCGGUGGUUCUCAGCUGGUCUAGCCUCAGGACCCUCUACCAACUCCCUUGUGAAAAAAUCGCGACCCGAAUUUCUAAUUUCUUUUUUUGAACCAAUCAGAUUAGUUCAAUGGGAAAUGGUGCUGUGUGGACCUCAGGUGGUACAAAUGUGACGGGAAAAAAGACACAAAAAUAAAUAUAAAAGAUCUUUUGAAAGUGCUUUAUAGACUUUUUUUUUUUCCGGACACACAUUCGUGAGCCACUGUAAAUGGCUUGGUGACCCCAAUUUGGGUCCCGACCCACCCGUUGAGAAACACUGAUUGAGGCAAUGAAUACAUGCUAUGCCACUUUUGCUAAUCUAUACUGAUCUAUUUGGAGUUUUACAGUUGUGUCUCAUUGACAAUUCUCCUGAAACUCAAAACAAAUUUCUCUCAAAAAUGAUCUUUUGUGUUACCCAUAAUGCAACACGCAAAUGCAUCGUCAUAUCCAGAGUGGGAACAUAGCGACUGAGCUAGCAUUCUUCUCCGAGCAGCAGCGCAGUAUGGCGUGAAACAGAUUAAGAGGAUGCAAAGAUGGCUCUCAAUCGUUUUUGCUCCCUUGAUACUGGGUCACCAGCACAUUUACUUCACUACAACGCCACACCUAUGAAUACACAACUCGGUGCUGCCGUCACACAUAUUUGAGAACCAGGUGUGUUUCCUGUAGUCUGAACAAAGCUUGAAAGUAUGGAACUGUUUUUGCAAUGUUGUUAAAAACCUGUUAGAAAUAGAAUUGUUUUUAAAGUUUUUUUCAAUUAAAAGUUAGUUCUACACA